UUUCCUUUCCCUUGUUGGCGCGCUCCCCGCUCGCUGCCCCGCCGCUGUCCGAGAGCCCAGGCGCGCUCCCCGGUGUUCCCGGCGCAGCCUCCAGGGAGCGGGAGGGCAGCCCCGGCCGGGCCCGCGGUGGGAGGGGACCCCGGGCGCUCCCCAGAGCCGGUGCGGGUGGCGGGGAAUGUGGCGUGAUCCGGGAUCCCGUGACUCCGGGGCAGGCGGUGGCUCCUUUGGGAAGCGGCUCCAGCUGGCCUGUGGCCGGUCGCCGACCCCGGAGCGCUUCCUCACGUCUGAGAGACACCGCUGGUCUGUCAGGGUGCAGCUCGACUUCGUACCUGUGUUCUCAACACGUUUCGGGUUGGGAACAGAAGUAUUGAAGCUGCUUUUAUCUCCUUUUUCUCGUUGCCGGGGGCUUGCAGCGGGCUGCCCGGGGAGGUGGUGGCGGCACCGUCCCUGCAGGUGUUUAGGGAGAUGCUGGACGGGGCACUCAGGGCCGUGGGCUGGUUCGCAGGGCCGUGUUCGGCCAUAGGUUGGUCUCGGUGAUCUCAGAGGUCUUUUCCAGCCCAGUGGAUUCUGUGCUGGAGAGGGGCCGCCCGCCCAGCGCGCCCUUGGCUUUCAGUUCUCCUUUUUGGAAGCAGCGGCUCGGCUCAGCCCCUCUGCGGGGCCGGGGGAGUUCCCCGGGGCGCAGGUGUGGGCAGGGACAGGGAUGGGCCGGGACUGCAAUCGCCCUUUACGUCUGCGUGGGUAAUGGGCUGCUCUUGGUAUUUUUGGAAACUUGCAGAUCUGCUAUAGGCAACAAGUUUAACCACUGUAGUGAUUGAGGGCUGAGAAAUGUAAAUCUUCCGCAAACAGUAAGUGUUGAAAACUAUGUAGUUUUGGAUUCUGCCCUUUCUGCUGCUACUCUUGUAGUUCUUGGGACUUCUUUUCAGACCUUUCACAGAGAAGCAAUUAAUGUCAUUCUUUGAUGGGCUACUGUAACUAACAAACAACGUUUUCUAUGCUAGCCUGGCAAUUAUUGUCAAACGCUUUGUUCGUGUGGAAAAAAACCCAACUACUAAUGAGGGACGGAGUUUACAUUUCUAUUGAAAGGCAAGUGUUUUUUUCAGUCAAAAUACUUGCAGUGUUGUGCCUUUUAGAACUUCUAAUUUGAUACCAGUGGCUUAACAAAAUAUGGUGGCUUAGUAAGUAAAAUUGUGAAUAAGAUGAAAUGGAUGUGCUUAUAUGUGUAAAUUUGAAGAUAGGAAGUUGUGAAACACGGUCAGUGUUACGCUCGUAGAACUGCUAAUUCUGCUUGUCCAUGACUUUAGUGUCUUUUUCUUAAAUCAAAGAUUGCCCCUUUUUGGCUGAUAGCAUAUUAGGUUGUAAGUAAACAUGAUUACUUACAUGAUGGGAAUAAACUUGAGUCUGUUUCAUGUUUAACAGCUUCAGUUAAAGAACAGUGUACUACAUAUCCUCAAGAAAACCUUAAGGUUUAGUCUUGGUUUUGUCUAGCAGGUGGUUCAUCAGUAACCACUGAAUAACAGUGAUAACUGAAACAAAUUUUCUCGCCUGUUUCCAAGUUAGAAAGUAAAUACAAGUGGAGAAGCAAUUUUCUGAAAAUUAGAAGUAUCCCUUACAUCUGUUACUUCAGAAAUGCUAAGGCAGUUCAGUGGUGGUAUUACAAUAGAUCCAGGUUUUGGUGCCCUAUUAAAAAUGCUGAGUGGAAUGAGAUUUCAGUUGCUAGAUGUGUUUUUUUAGUUUGGGUUUUUAAUGACAUGCUGCAGUGGCUUGGAUCAGCAUGGAAAAAUGAAACUGUAAAUAGGUCCAAUUGCCUUGGUUUGCAUAAUAGUUUACAGGGGGUUUGCAGCUUGCUGACAUUACAGAUGCAGUGCAGUUACCGUGUUGACCAGCACUGCUUUUCCAUACAACUUGACUUCAGCAUGUCUUCAGCCUUCAGUACACUGGUGUGAGCAGGUCCUCCUUAAUCUGUGAAAUUAUUUUUAUAGUAAAAAAGGACAAAUGCCUAGACUUGAGUUCACAUGUUGCUGCUGUGGUGUUCUAGACCAAAAAUCUUGCUUUUCUUUGAGUGCUGCCUCAGUACCUAAGCAAGAGAAGUAUUUGCACUCAAAAUAAAGACAGAUAUUAAGCAGAGAUAUGGAAGUAACACAAUCUAGAUGGACAGACUGGACAAGGCAGUGGUAUUUCAUUAAGCUUUGCAGGACUGGAUUUCGUAAUGCAAACUGAUUUUUCUGAGGUUGCUUAGCUGUUUGUCUUUCAUUGUGACAGCAAAUAUUUGAACUGAUAGUGGAAAUAUUUGACUUGCAAUUCAUUUUACUAUUUAAAAGGGACAUCCUAAAAGGCAACAAUUAAUUAACUUUUUUAUGUUAUGGUAUAUGAUCAUGUCAUAAAUUACAUUUAGUAGAAAAUGUUCCCUGCUUUUAACAGGAAUAUUGAAGUCAGUGAUUUAAGCACUGUAAUCCCUUUGAGUUAGGGGAAGCAAUUCAGAAAUGGUUAUCAAAAUGAACCAAAGUGGGGCUGCUUUUUAUUUGCUCUGACUUUCUUUGAAUAUUGAAAUGAUCGAAGAACAUGAGGAAAAUUGUUCUUGUUACAGAUUCUUUGUCUACUAGGUUGAGAUUACUUUAACUAAUUGUGCAGCUCACUAAGAAAUAACUAUAGCAAACAGUUACAUGUAAUUCUGUACUGUCUUGUGAUUCCUGAUGCUGGGUAAAGCAAUCAGAUGCACAUUAGGAAUUAAGCUUUUGUUUUGUUUUUGUUUUCAGAUGAUGAAUGGUGAUUUAAACUGAAAAACUGAUGUAGUAAAUUUUCAGAAACAUCAUAUUGUAUGUUAAUCAUCUCUUCCAAAAACACUGUCAAAUGCACAUUAUACAGAUAAAAUGUAUAAUAGGAGAAAUAAUAUUAAUUCUUGUGAUGUCUUAAGUAUUUUAUCAUUGUAUUAUUUGUUGGAGUGUUAAGGCUUCAUAACUUUAGAAAAAAACAAUUGCAAAAAUUGAGUUCUUUACGAAUCUUAACUUAUUUAAAGAUGCACGAUCAGAAAAUAAAUGCAGCAGUCUACUGUUCUGAAAAAUACAACCCUGAUUAAGCAGAUACUCUAAAUCACAUUAUCAGUUGUGGCUGCAGAUGAGUCCUUAUACAGUAAUAAAACUAUAAAUGUAUAAAGUCUUGGCUGCUUUCAAACAAAAAUACUUAUUAAUACUUUCAAAUAUGCUUCUUGGGUACUUCAGAUACAGCUUGUCAGCAUCUAUUUAAAUGACUGAAUGUAUAUUCCAUUAUUUUGGAUUAAAAACUUUACAGAAACUUAAUUCUGGCCUAGCAUGGCAGCUGUGGAAACUGACUGUCCUGAAAAGCAACAUUGCCUGCAAUGUCACGGAAGAUUCUUUCUGUAGCUUUUGUGUGAAACGACCAGUUUGGUCCACUUUUAGUAGUUUGUGGUUGGUCUGUAAUUGUCUGCCCAUAAAACUAAUUUUAUGGUCAUCAGUCUCUCAGACCUCACUGGAAUGGCCCAUGUAGUUGAAAUUGUGCAAAUCAACUUAGCAGGUUCUAGAUGCACAAAGCAGAAGAUACUGCUAACACUUCCCUUACAUGUAUUUUGUUUAAAAUGUGGCCUUGUGGACAAUUUCAUGAUAAUAAGUGCCAUUGAUUAAAAUGCAGAUGCUAAAGAAGUGAGUGCAUAGUACCAGUCAGAACUACUGAGGCCAGUUAUUUAUGCACGUUGUGUCUUUCACGGAACUUCCAAUUUCUGCAGGACUGGAAAAAUCAAUUAUAACUUGUUCCCUGCACUGGUAGGGAAGAACAGGAGAACAUUCAGUACCCUCUGUUUCCAAGAAAGCAUUAUUUAUUAAGAAGCAGCUCCUAUCUAUUGAUGUAGAAACUGGAGACAUAAAUAAAUUCCCUGGACCAUUUUCAGAGUUAAGCAUCUCUUAACUGCAAUUCUUAUGCAAGUAGUCCAGUGACUCUAAUGAGGCUUUUCACAUGCACUAAAAUGUAUGUGUUUAUAACCUAAGCCAUUAUCCUGUAGCUCUCUGAAGGGUAAAUGAACUAUCUUACUGUGGCUUCUAAGAAGUUUUAUUAUCAUACAAACCUGUACAGAAUUAAGGUUUUAUAAACAUUGUAGUUAAUUAUGCAGUCUGAAGGAUUUAAAUUACUUGCUCUGAAAAAAAUUUUAAUGGAAGCAGUCAGUUCCUUGUAUUUUGACUUGGUUUUUUUUUUGUGUUGAGGCUUCAAACUACUCCUUUUGUCUUACUGUAGGUUGUGUCCAGCAAGUAAAUAUUCAAAGAUGGAAAAUCACUGAUAAAAAAUGCUGAAAUUUCUUGUUCCUACUGUAGGCCUUGAUUGUAAGGCAGCACAGAGUCAUAUGACUCUCAUGCCAGCUUGUAUCAGGUCUAGGAAAACAGGAGGAUCUUUUCCCGUAACAAUGGCAGCAAAAUCAUCACUCCUUAAAGUAAUACUGCUAGGAGAUGGUGGAGUUGGGAAGAGCUCUCUUAUGAACAGAUACGUCACCAACAAGUUUGAUGCACAGCUCUUUCAUACAAUAGGUGUGGAAUUCUUAAAUAAAGAAUUGGAAGUCGAUGGACAUUUUGUUACAAUGCAGAUAUGGGACACGGCAGGUCAGGAACGGUUUAGGAGCUUGCGGACUCCUUUCUAUAGAGGUUCUGACUGUUGCCUGCUAACCUUCAGUGUGGAUGACUCUCAAAGCUUCCAAAACUUAAGCAACUGGAAGAAAGAGUUCAUUUAUUAUGCAGAUGUGAAGGAGCCUGAAAGUUUUCCAUUUGUGAUACUGGGUAACAAAGUUGAUAUCGAUGAAAGGCAAGUAUCUACAGAAGAAGCCCAAGACUGGUGCAGGAAUAACGGCAACCAUCCCUAUUUUGAAACCAGUGCAAAAGAUGCCACUAAUGUUGCAGCAGCCUUUGAAGAAGCUGUUAGAAGAGUUCUAGCCUCUGAAGAUAGAUCAGAUCACUUUAUUCAAACAGAUACAGUAAACCUUCAUCGGAAACCGAAGCCCAGCUCAUCUUGUUGUUGACUUAAAUUUCUUUUUGCCAAAUUACUGUUGACUAGCUUGCUCUAUAAAAGAAUGGAGAAGGUGUAGUGGAUAGAAUAACAAAUGGGUUUCACUCUAAUAUUAAAAUCGUAAUAUUCUGCUGCUUUCAUGGGGGAGAGAAAGAAAAAUCUCCAUUCAUGAGUGACCCGUUAUUGAAUUAGUGAUGCUUUCUGUUCAGGAAAACAUCAAGGAAAAAAAUAAUAUAAGAAUAUAAUUUGCCAACUUUAUUCAAAUGGUAAAUACUUUGAAUAUAAUUAAAACUUGAAAGUUCUAGAAGCACUACUUUGGAGAAGCUGUUCUGGAAUUCAGGCACAAAGAUACUUUUAUAUGUGUAUAUUUUUAUGAAAUCGGCAUUCCACUUUUGUUUCAUUAGAUAUCAGUUUCUUAACAAUGCUAGAUAUUAAACUUCAAUCUCACUACAUUCCUUUUGCUGUGAGUGGUACUUCAUCUCUAAUGUGGUUAUUAUAAGUUAAUAUAAAUUACGUCCAGGUCUUCUAAUUGCCUAAUGUUGCUGUAAUUUGUGUAGGUUUGUAAGUAGGAAGUGAAUUUCCUACAUAUUUAAUGUCCAUUUUCUCCCAUAUACUAUUCUAAUGCUGCACUAAUUUUUCCAGUGGUUUAAUGCAAAAUACUGAUAAUUUUUAAAAGUAAUGUGUGUCCUUGCCUUAAGUCCAUUUUAGCAUGUUUCUGAUCGAUAAGGUGAAAAAUCUGAGUAACUGAAAUAUAACCAUUUUUUGAAAAAGAAGUGCUUUAUUCAGUCAGCUUUAAUAGCACUUGAAAGGAUCCACAUUGUGACAGUUUUUUAGGAAAACUUGUGUACAGCCUUAGAAGUUCCAAACUUCUUGUUCCUGUUAACCUGAGCUAUGAAUGUGUUUACCAGUAAUAUCUGCACUGUGAUAUUAAGGAUUGGCAAUAUGUAGAGAACUCAGGAAGGUCUUGACUUAGAGUAGAUUUGACAGCUUUCAGCCCUUAUGCAGGUAUAUAACUAUAGAUAGUAUUUGAGCUGAAUUUGAUCAUUAUUAAAAUCGCUAUUUUAGGAUAUGGACUUGCAUCUUUAAAAUAUAAUGUAUUUUAUAUUACUGAAUUCAUUUCAUAAUUAUGAACCAGAGCAAACUCUGUAUUUGUUGGACAGUUUUUUGCAGUCAGGCAGACAAAACUACAGGUGUUUUUGAGGCUUUCAGCUGCAGUUUAAGUGGUAGAAUACUUGUAUGAGAAAUGCUACUGGCUCUCAGAGUAACCACUGUCCUUGCAAUAGCAAAAUUGCUGGUGCACUACAAUUGCUUCCAUCUGUAAUUGACUGCUAGCAGGUACACAUGUGCACGUGGUCUGAGAGAGGAAGUUUGAUGCUGCAGGACAGGCCAUGUUAUUUAUUAAACUGCUUUCCGUACAGAAACUUUUGUGUCUCAAUGAAAAAGCCUUUCUUGAGAGUACAUUACCAGCAAGCACUUUAUCUUAAAAAUAUCUGAUCAUAUCUGUACCAGGUGUAAUUAUUUGGAAGUAAAGCUUGCAAAAACAAA